UCACACACUUACACCCACCCACUCUCACAUGCACAUCCUGCAAUAUACAAACUAUAUUAUAAGAGAAGGACAUCCUGUCUCUGCACACACACAGUAAGGUAAGGUAAAGAUUCUGCUCUCAGAAAGAAACGCUUUACUAGCAAAACAAUAUUUUACUGUAUUUAGUUCCUCUACUAUGUCUAAGAUAAGGUUUGUUGUCAUAAUGUAUCUACUGUUACAUAGAUGCAUUUAAUUUUUCAGCAGUAAAUUAAUGAUUCUUAUGUAUUUUAAUAGUUUAUAUCUUUAUAAGAAAAUGUGUUCUGUCAUUAAACCUUCGCUUAGAUUUAGUUUGAAUGUGAUUCAUUGUAGUCGCUUUGUUCUGAGCUAAGAAUAUUUUUAUUUGUUUAUCUUCCACAAUGAAUAUUUGUUAAAAUAUUCAAAUCACAGGUGUAACUACUAUAUCAUGGCUUCAGUGCAUUAAUCUCUGGUGCUUCUAUAAUAAACAGGUUCUUCAAAAUGAGUUAGUGUGCUCUGUUUUUAACGUCUGGCCUUUGACAGAGUUUGAUAGGAAUACUGAAUAGGCCAUAAAAGAGGUUCUCAAUUUACAAAUAUUUAAAUAAAGUAAAUAUAUUAUAAUCAACCAGUGAUAAAUUAAAUUGAUUCAGGUUUUUUUGAAUAGUUAAAAUCUUGUAAAUUUUAGCAGGCAGAAAUUAUAAUAACAAAAAAUAAUCAUAUUUGUACGAGAAAGAAGCACGAACAAAUUGAUGGUAACAUAGAGUCAAAUAUUUCUGGUUACUAUGGUUGACUAAUAACUAACAUGGACUAUUUUUUUACGCGAUGCCUGUGUGAACUAAAAGGAGAAUAGAAAGCCGAGCUGCCUCUCCACAGACCUGACUCUACCAGGAAGACAUGGCUGCUAUAAAAAGGCUUUUGGUCGUCGUGUUCCUUUGCUUUACAACUAUACAGAGCGGAGCCUCGUCUUGGACAGUAACAUUACCAUCAUCAGUUGAAGGUCUGGUUGGAUCCUGUGUGGUCAUCCCAUGCUCGUACAACUACCCAGACCCAAAGAAGACUGUCAGUCAGUUCACUGGAAUUUGGAGGGACCAGACGAAUCAGGUUAUCUAUCACUCAGACCCCUCUAAGACUGUGCAACAAUACAAAACACGGACUGAGCUGGUGGGAGACAUCACACGAAAGGACUGUUCACUGAAGAUCGAUCCCCUUCAACAAAGUGACCAAGGGCCGUUUCAUUUCAGGAUUGAAAUAGAAGGUUUUGACAAAUAUUCCUACGGGGGGAAUCGUGUCCCCAUUACAAUGAUUAGUGAAUCACAUCCAAGUCUUUCUGUGACACAAGAAGUAGUGGAGGGUCAUAAUGUCACUGCCUCCUGCUCUGUGUCUCACUCCUGUCCUUCGUCUCCCCCUGAAUUCACCUGGAGCCACGCUGGCGUGACACAUUUGAAGACACGGCAUCUUAACGACGGGCAGUGGAACCUGACAUCCACUCUGACCUUUGUCUCCACCAGAGACAACCACAACAAGCCUGUAAAAUGCACCGUUACAUACAAAGGAGGUCUGAAGGGGGAAAAGGCUUCCAGUGUCAUCAAAGUAAAAUACGCGCCUGUGAAUGUGGAGGUGGACCACACGUCAGAGGUAAAGCAGGGAGAGGAUGUGAUGCUGAAGUGCUCCAGUGAUGCUAACCCUCCUGCCAACUACCAGUGGCUCAAUGAGAACAACACUCUGCAUCAGGGACAGUCUUACCUGCUCACAAACGUCUCCAGACACACAGGCAUCCUGCUCUGUGCUGCCGUCAAUACAGUGGGACAAAGGAACUCAACCCCUGUGCAUCUGAACGUGUUAUUUCCUCCUGAGAUUAGGAACUUCUCCUGCUCCUCAGAGGGAGAUAAAGUCCAGUGUUUGUGCACCGUGGAGUCCAGGCCUCCCAGCACGGUUCACUUUGUACUUUCUGAUCGAGUCUUGUUGAACACCAGCACUGACGUACACGGCCUCACUACCAUUGUGACUCUGCAGGCAGAGUCUGGCUCCUCAGAGUCUGUCCGCUGUGUGGCAAACAACACACUGGGCCACGUCAACGCCACAUUCACUCUACCGUCUAAAGUCAAGAUGCCAGUUGUCUAUAUUUCUAUUGGUAUUGGAGCAGGUGCAUGUUUGCUGAUCCUUUUUACAGUAGUAGUAGUCAUAAAAUGCAGGGGGAGAGCAGGAAAUGCAGAAACGUCUGAUGUGACGACAAAGGAAGAAAAAGCAGUGGAGCUCCACUACACCACAACUAAAAGUGGAAGACCUACCCAUGCACCAACGCCUCCUGACAGAGACAGCGAGGACAAAGAUGAGCCGGACUAUGUAAAUGAACACUACACUGAUGAUCCUGUGUAUGGCAACAUAGAGGAAGACUUUGAUGACACCAUAUAUGCCAACACGUAGCAUCACUCGCUUCACUGGAGGAGCAGCUGCCUGUUGUUUGACUGAUGUGAGAAGUUUGUUGUUCACUUCUUAGAAUGAAUGCACGUGUGUUUUGGUUAUAGUUCCUCUUCUCUUUUCUUUUCCUGUGUGUUUGAUUGACUGCAAGAUGAUGUACAAUGUAUUAUAACAUAUAACCAUUAAACUAUUAUUAUGUUUAACCGC